CGUGGCGGUCGUCGGCGGAGGAGAGUUUGCGGUCAUUCUACGACUGCUUGGGUUGAUUGUUGUAUUUUUUCUUCAUGUUCUAUCCCUUUUUCUUUUCUGUGAUUGUGUGCAGCAGCAGCAGCCAUCGUCGUCGGUAGUGAAAAGAAAAAAAAAAGAAGCAAAAAUCUGCAAUUAUUGCUGAAAUUAAGCCGAAUAAAAUUCUGUUUACCGGAGAGAGAAAAAAAAGCAAAACAAGCUUAAAGUGCUAAUAAGUAAUAAUCAGUAUGUGUUAAGCCGAAGCAAAUAAGAAAUUACCCAAAAGAAGGUGAGUGGUGAUUGCAAACGAAUUAAAGCAUCAAUACAAAUUUAACGGUUUCCGGGUCGAAAAAAAAGAGAGGAAAAAGCGCUGAUUGAUAAAUUGAUUGAUUGCGUGUUUCUCUUCCAUAUAAUUUUUUCGAUCCGUCAGUGACGUGCUUGCGGAUCGGGCAAUAAAAAAGAAAAAAAAAAGUGCAAGCGAGUACCAAUAAAAGGUAAUUAAUCGCAAUAAAAGUGCGUGUGUAGUAGUGGUUUCGAAGGCAAAAACCCCAGCAGAAGAGUGUUAAAUAAAGCUGAAGAAACCUCUUCUCCGGAGGUGCAGAAAUUAUCUUUCAAUUUGCUCCGGUUUUUUUUUUCUUUUGCUGUUGUUCAAUGUGAAACCGGUUCGCCGCCGAUAAUGGCGUGAGAGAGUGAAGAUCACACGGCGAUCGACGACGCGACAACGACGACGGUACGUCAAUCUUGAAUCGGAAGAACAACAACACACGAAGAAAAGAGAAGAAGAAAAGCCGAAAAUUCAAUUAAACAACAACAGCUUCGGGGAGGUGUCGGAGAGGUGCUGCUAUUAUUAGGCUGAGCUGAGUGAAUUGGAGUUUGGAAGGUUCCGAGUGGAAGCCGGAGUCGGGUGUAAUCGGAGUAGAAAUUCCAUUAGUAUAGCAGUAAAGUGUGGAAUUCAAGAAAAAGGCAGCGGAAAAUGUACCCGGCGCCAGCGAGACACCCGUCAGCUACGGGUCCUCCCCCGCAGGGGCGACAAUUUACAAUUGCGGAAACGCUCGAGCGGAUAAAGGAGGAGUUCAACUUCCUGCAGGCACAGUAUCAUUCAUUGAAACUAGAAUGUGAUAAACUCGCCAGCGAGAAAACCGAAAUGCAGCGACAUUAUGUCAUGUAUUACGAAAUGUCGUACGGCCUGAACGUAGAAAUGCACAAACAGACGGAAAUCGCCAAACGCCUGAACGCGCUGAUAGGACAGCUGCUGCCAUUCCUCGCCACAGAACACCAACAGCAGGUCGCACAGGCAGUGGAACGUGCGAAACAGGUCACCAUGCCGGAGCUAAACGCCAUCAUCGGGCAGCAACAUCAACAGCAGGGAAUUCAGCAACUUCUACAACAGAUUCAUGCACAGCAAAUUCCCGGAGGACCACCGCAACCGAUACCCGGUCUCGGAGCCCUGGCCGGGCCGCUGACGGCAUUCGGCGGCCCGAUGGGACUGCCGCAUGGUGCACCGCAGAGUCUGCUGAAGGCACCGCCCGAUCUGCACCGGGAGGACCUGAAGAUUCCCCUCGGGGGACCAUCCGCCGAAGAACGAAUGCGCAACUCCGUAUCUCCUGCCGAACGUGAAAAAUACCGACCUCGAUCACCUCUGGACCUGGACAGCGAAGCCAAACGACGGAAAGAGGAAAAACUAAACCACGACAACGAGGGCGACAAAAGCGAACAGGAUUUAGUUGUGGACGUCGCAAACGAUACGGGUACACCUUCUCCGCGACCAAACGGUGAUCAUGCGUCACUGGAAAAUCGAGAUCGGGACAGUGUUGGGCUGAACGGAAGCGACAAGGCCGGUUCCAGCAGUCUGAAAGGUGUAAACGAUCGACCUCCCUCCCGAUCCGGAUCCAGCUCGUCCCGAUCGACCCCAAGCCUCAAAACUAAAGAUCUCGACAAACCAGGAACCCCUGGUGCAAAAGCCCGCGUCACCACGCCCAAUUCUUCCAAUCCGGGAGUUCCCAAAGCAGCAGUACCUCCAACGGCCGCCGGUUAUCCGGCAUCACCAUAUCAACGACCAUCGGACCCAUACGUGCGGCCACCGCUGGAUCCCUACGGUCGACAACCGAUGCCGUUUGAUCCGCACGCCCAGCUACGGACCAACGGAAUCCCACUGCCCGUCUCGAGUGGUAAACCUGCCUAUUCCUUUCACAUGAACGGCGAAGGCGGACCACAGCCGGUGCCCUUUCCUGCCGAUGCCCUAACGGGGCCGGGAAUCCCGCGACAUGCCCGCCAGAUCAAUACGCUCUCGCACGGUGAAGUCGUCUGCGCAGUCACCAUCUCCAAUCCUACCAAAUACGUCUACACCGGGGGUAAAGGAUGCGUCAAGGUUUGGGACAUUUCCCAACCCGGAAGCAAGAGUCCCGUCAGCCAGCUGGACUGCUUGCAACGAGACAACUACAUCCGAUCGGUGAAACUCCUGCCGGAUGGGCGAACGCUAAUCGUCGGUGGUGAAGCAUCGAACCUCUCCAUCUGGGACCUGGCGAGUCCGACACCGAGAAUCAAGGCUGAACUCACCUCGGCGGCACCGGCCUGCUACGCGCUGGCCAUCAGUCCCGACUCGAAGGUGUGCUUCUCGUGCUGCAGCGAUGGCAACAUUGCCGUGUGGGAUCUCCACAACCAGACGCUGGUGCGGCAGUUCCAGGGUCACACCGACGGUGCUUCCUGUAUCGACAUCAGUCCCGAUGGCGUCCGACUGUGGACCGGAGGGCUGGACAACACGGUGCGGUCGUGGGAUCUGCGGGAGGGCCGACAGCUGCAACAGCACGACUUCAGUUCCCAGAUAUUUUCACUCGGCUACUGUCCGACCGUCUUUGACGCAACAGGUGAAUGGCUCGCCGUCGGAAUGGAGAACUCCCACGUGGAGGUGCUGCACGCCACCAAGCAGGACAAGUAUCAGUUGCAUUUACACGAGAGCUGCGUGCUGUCGCUGAGGUUCGCCGCCUGCGGUAAAUGGUUCGUCUCGACGGGCAAGGAUAACCUGCUGAAUGCCUGGCGUACGCCGUACGGUGCCAGUAUAUUCCAGUCCAAGGAGACCUCUUCAGUACUUAGUUGUGAUAUAUCGACCGAUGACAAGUACAUCGUCACCGGUUCCGGCGACAAGAAGGCCACCGUCUACGAGGUCAUCUAUUAAAAGAAAAACACAGUAUAGCUAAAAGUGCAGCCCAUCCCCCUGUUACAUCGAAACCCAGCAGCCAGCAACCGUGAGUAACAUCACACUAUUCUCUUACUAUAAGAAGACGCAGAUCGACAGCAGCAAAAGCGUAACCCUUUCGGGACGGAACAUUUCUAGAACAAAACAAAAAAAAAAUGUUGGCUCAUUUUCUACCCCGCAAAGGGUGUGGAAAUUAUUCAUUGAUAUUUCAGUACACAUGUUAUAAAUAGUUGAUUCGUAAUGAACAAAUGAUCUUAAAUAUAAAAUUUAAGGAAAUAAUUCUUAAAGCUUUUCGGCUAACACAUCUUGUUUCAAACUGCAUGGAUGCAAUUAAAUCGUCCUUGGUAAAUUAUGCGUUGUUGAUCAAAACACGUGCGAUCAAAUUUGACAUUAUACAAAGUCAUGAUUCCGAUUUCUUAAACAAAAACACAAAACAGUUCGUCUCGAAAGGUCAAAUCCUGAUUUGAAUGUAAAAAGUAAAACAACCAAAACAAAAAAGUGACUUAAAUCAAGGAACAGAUCCAAGAAUCUUAUUACAUACAGCAGCUGUAUCAGUUCAGUUUCUUUACGCAGCUUAUGAGCGAUAGGGCGGAACAACGCUCGAGUAGACGUGCAGUUAAGAAUUGAUAUCUUCUCACGCGCAAGCUCCUUGAUUGGAUACACACAAACACUUCUAGUAAAUGAGCAAACAGAUUACAAAAAAACUACUAAUGCUACAAAUGCUAAGUGGUAAGAUUAUGAUCUAAGUAAUUUAAAUUCAAUUAAAGGAAGAAAAAUCAACCGAGCAAAGCACUCCUUUAAUUAAACAGAAAAAUCAAAGAAUUAAUUGUAGAAACUAGGUGGUAAUCUGAAGCGUGUAAGAGCAAACAAAGGGAACCGAUUAAUUUAAUUAUCAAAAUUCUUAGUGAUUAUCAUAUAAAUUAAUAGAAGAGUAUUGUACAGUAUUUGAGAAACUCGUAAUGUUAAUUAUGGUUAUAAGCCCUCUCCCAGUAAAUAAAACCGACGAAAGAAAAAAAAAAAACAAAAGAUAAUGCAAAAACAAAACAAGCGUUGAGCGAGAGAUCCCUCGAGGUUUCAAGUGGAAAUUUAUCUCAAAUUUAACGGAAAAUUUUAAGAAAAAAAACAUGCUUGAUGGAAUCAAAACUUACAUCUAAUUGUUUUCUUAAAUCCUUCUUAGAAAAAUAACAAAAAAAAAAGCGAGAUCGUGUCAAUGUCAUUUUGUUGCAUUUUUCCUAUUCAUUUUCGAGAGAAAAAAAGUGUAAGAUAUUUCAACCUUUAGUGACCAAAAUACAAAAAAAAGCAAAAGAAGAACAAAGCGAGCGAUAAAGUAUAAUUGUUAUCGAAUCACCACGAAUUGACACACAGAGAAGAACAGAAGCACUCGAACCCCUGUUUUCAUCACUCUAACCACUCUAACCUAAUGCUUACUAAAUUCCAACCAAGGCAGAGGCAGAAUUAAACAAAUACAACACAAACACAAGAUAAAGCGAGAGAGAAGAGAGCCGCAUAUGAGGAAGAGACUUGAACAAAGGAAAACGGAACUACAAACAGUGCUAAAACGAAAGGAUUCUCAAAAUUCACUCCCACACACAAGACUAGUGGUGCACACGUAUCCUUGGCAAGGAUGGGAAAGCCCAACUGGUAAAUAGCGAAAAGUACAGCUUAAGACGAAACGACGGGAAUUCUGAGAAAAAAAAACCAACCACACACUGGAAAGUUCAAUAUAAAUAUUAUAAAUGAAUAUUUUUAGACAUGAAAAUAUUGAAAA